AUCUCCUUCACAAUCCUAAUCCAAGUGCGGUCCAACAAUACGCUAUAAAUUAACAGCGAUUAACUUUAAUCAAGAUAAUUGUCACUCUGCACACCAACCUCUAAUUACUCAGUUCGACCAAAACUCACCAUGAAAAUACUCGACCACACACGAUUUUCACCACCCCUGAGACAAACGUACGUAGCCUUCGGUCCGAUCCUUAUCACCACCAGUUUGGGAAUGACCGAAGGCUUCUCUGCAAUCCUGCUGCCGCAACUCAACGCUACCUCUCUUCACAUAGACGAAGAAAUGUCGUCGUGGAUAGCUUCGAUGGCGGCGUUACCCAUGGCCUUGGGGUGCAUUUUGGGAGGGAUUCUCAUGGAGAAAAUUGGCAGGAAGGGUACACAUAUGCUUACUUGUGUGCCCUGUGUGUUGGGAUGGAUGGUGCUGUAUUUUGCGAACAGUAUAGGGAUGAUUUUGGCUGGGAGGUUCUUGACAGGAUUCUGUGUGGGGCUUCUGGGGCCUCCGACGGGGGUGUAUAUGAGUGAGACAUCAGAACCGAAGUAUAGGGGAUUUCUUUUGGCAGCGAUAAGUUUCGCUAUAGCACUAGGCCUUUUUCUGUCCCACCUCAUCGGAACUUUCAUCAGCUGGCAAAACACAGCCUUGGCCUGCUGCUCCUUCCCCAUCAUCUGCAUCAUCUGCAUGAUUUUCGCUCCCGAAUCGCCCACAUGGUUAGCAAAAAUGGGCCGAAUCGAAGAGGCCAAAGCCGCCUUCCGCUGGUGUCGAGGAGACUGCGACGAAGCCACUAAAGAACUCGACGUCCUAAUCAACCGACAAACCCUCCUGAACAUAGAAGAAAAGAAGAACUUUCUUGAAAUUAUCAAAGACUUGCAGAAACCCGAGUUCACCAAACCGCUGGUUAUCAUAGUGAUUUUUUUCAUUACCUGCCAGUGGGCUGGUCUUAACGCCAUUACUUUCUAUUCAGUGUCCAUUAUCCAGCUAACACUUGGAGGUACAUUCGACGAGUACCUAGCAAUGUUAAUUAUAGACACCAUCCGCGUUUUCAUGUCGAUCUUUGCUUGCAUCCUUCUAAAGAAAUUAGGGAGAAGACCCUUAGCUAUUAUUAGUGGAACAGGAACUUUCGUAUCUCUUUUUAUACUUAGUUCUUUUACCUUCGCUGUUAAGUUUUAUCCUGGUAUAUCUGCAUAUACGUUCGUUCCGUUGAUUUCAUUGAUUACGUAUGUGGCGUUUAUCACGGUGGGGUUUGUACCGUUACCGUGGACCAUGAUGGGUGAAGUGUUUCCUCUGGCAAAUCGAGGAAUGGGAAGUGGGAUUUCGGCUCUUUCUGCUUAUGUAGCGUUCUUUUCGGUAGUUAAAACUACACCUUCGAUGUUUGGACGGUUUGGACCAGAAGGCAGUUUUUUUAUUUAUGGAAUGUUGGCACUUGUUGGUACCAUCAUUUUGAUUUUAUUUUUACCCGAAACGAAGGAUAAGCCAUUGUAUCAAAUCGAAGACAAUUUUAAAAGGAAAAAAUAAAGAUGUUUACUGUUUAUGUGUGAA